AUGGGCGCCGCGCCUUUGCCUCCGUGUGAAGUGCCAUCCAGUUUCCAACCCACACGUCAGCCUGCAAUUCAGCCUCAAUACCCCCCUACACCCCAACCUGAGCUCGCUUCGAACAAACGGGCCUUCGAGUUCGUGGAACCCACUGUUCCCGGCAACGCCUUCGCGGCCAACCCUGAAAACCAUGGCCGCUUUGAAUACGACCACGCUGGCAACCGCAAGUACCUGAAUGCCCCUAAGGUCAAGCGCCCAUGCGCAAACUAG